AAUAGAAAAUUGAUCAUAUGGACUAAUUUUAAUUAGAAGAGCUAUGCUACGAAAAUACUUAAUGUCAUGAUUGGUAGUGUUAGAAAAAACAUCCUCGAUGCUUUGCAGGAAUAUGUAUUGAAGGCAGAAUCAUCGAUGAAGAAAAUGGAAAAUGCGAAAAACCUGAUUGCCAGCUAAUUCAUAUGACAGAUGAUAGAUUUAGUAAUGAACCUAAUACUGGAUAAAUUAAUGGAAUUUAUAGGGAUAACAUUUGUAAGAAUAUAUAAAAUUGCAACAAUAAUAAUUGUAAAUUUCUACAUCCUGUAUGGGCAAAAGAUUAUUGUUUCGAGUAGUUUAAAACUAAUAAAUGUAAAAAAAAAUGUUAAAAUCAUUCUAAUUGGAAUUAAAUAAGGAAGAAUGUUUAUGAAAAAUUUGAUAUUUAAGGGAUGAAUCCAGAAAAUAUUUGCCAAAAGCAUAAUUGCAAAUGUGAUAAACAUUUACUAAGUGAUGAUUUCUGCAUAGAUUAUUUUCGAGGAAUUUGCCCUUUAAUAGAAUGUUCUAAAAAACAUGUAUUUUGGGAGGAAUUAAAAUUGAAUAGAAAACUAUAAUUUGAGCAACCAAAAUUAAUACCAUGCAUAAAAACUAAUGCUAAAAAUCAAAAAAGUUUAAUUGAAAAUUAAAAUAAAAUAAAUUUUAUGCUAGAUGAAGAAGAACUAAAACGUAUGCAUAAAGUCAUUAAAUAAUAAAAUAUAAUAGAUAUUAUUUUUAUAAUGGAUUGUACAAAAACAAUGGAUCCCUGGAUUUAGUAAUGUCAUUCAUAAAUAGCUAAUAUAAUCGAAAAAUUUGAAAUUUAAAGUAAACCUUAUAUUACUCGAAUUGCAUUUGUUGGAUAUAGAGAUAUUAUAAUUGAAAAACAGCAAAGUGUAAUAUUUUUAGAUAGAAAAAGUCUGAUUUUACAAGAUUAGAAUUUUAAUUAAAACUUAAGUGGUAAAUAAAUUUUAGAGAAAAAUCAUGUAGUUUUUCAUGAUUUAACAGAUAAAAUCGAUUCUGUUAAAGAAUUUAUAAAAUAAUAAAAGGCUUUUGGUGGGGGUGAUGAAGCUGAAGAUGUUUUUGCAGGUAUAGAAAAGGCAUCAUAAUUAAAUCUAUCUAAACAUUAAGAUAGUGUAUUAAUUACAUUUUUAUUUGCUGACUCUCCUUGUCAUGGUAAAUAAUAUCAUGAUCUUGAUGAUGAUGAUUUUAUGGAUGAUGUUCCAUUAGGUACUUUAGAAAAUUUAAUGAUUAGGUAUAGAAAAUUAAAAUUUAAUAAUUUUUUCUUUUGUUCUAGAAUUACUAAAAAAACAGAUAAAAUGUUUUAAAUUAUGAAAACUGCCUUUCCUGAAAUUUCAAUUACUGAUAUUUAAAACCCAGAAGAUUUUCCAAAUUUAGUUGUUUUAUCUUUAAAUCAUAGUUUUUCUAGAAUUAGCAAAAGUCAAUUAUUUAAGACAUUAGAAAUUAAAGCAUAAUCUAUUAAAUCUAAGUUUAUUGAUUAUAAGUGUCAAACCAAAGAAGAAAAAUUAAAGUUUUGGGUUGAUUUUACAAAAACUGUAGAUUCAUAACUUAGAAUUAAUGAAACUACAAUUAAAAUAAAUCCCAAUCCUGAAAAAAUUUUAGACAAUGAAGAUGGAGUAAAUUCAUAUAUUUUUAAAGUAUUUGAUGUCAUAAAUAAUCAAAAUUUAGUUGCUAAAAUACCUAAAAAAAUAGUAUUGGCAUACAAUGAAUAAAAAGAAAAACUUUAAAGAGAAAAUUCAGAAUUACCAGUUUAAUUAUCUGAUGAAUUAAUUUUAGAAGCCUAAAAGUUUGCUUAAUAAAGAUUUUAAUCACAAACAAUUGCAAAACAAUUAGCAUAAAUUUAUAGAGAUAGAGUAAAAAAUUAAUAAGGAGCUCCUCCUAUUUUUUAUGUUUCACCUAUGUUAUAUAAACUUUCUAUACCAUUUUAUGGUUUAAAUUAUAUUUAUGCAGAAACAUUCAUUAAUCUACCUAAUAUUAAAUGGGAAAAAUAUUCAAACAAUUCAAAUUAUAUCAAUCCAUAAUAUUAUUACUACUCUUCAUUCAGUCAUUUUACUUAUGAUGAAACAGAUAGAUUAUUAUUGAUUACAGAUUUAUAAGGAAAAUUCAAUAUUUUUAGUGAUCCGUCUAUUUAGACAACAAAUCAAUAUAGCUAAAAUUUAAAUGAAGAUAAGACAAAUUUCAAUAACGAGGGUAUAGCCAACUUUUAGGGUGCUCAUCAGAAAUGUAGUAUUAUUUGCAAAGAAUUGAAAUUAUAACAAUUUAGUUAAACUGAAUAUGACUAGACUUUAUGGGAACAAAAUGAAACAUAAUUAUUAUCUGUUAUAUGUGAGACAUGUGAUGAAUAUCAAGAGAUUAAAUUAGAGGAAUAUUACACUGGAUUUCAUAAAAAAUGUCCUUAAUGUAAAGAUCUUGAAAAUGUAUUACAUCAAGUUCAAUGUUUUUGUUGUAGGGAAUUAUUUUAAACUCCUAUAAAUUAAUAAAUGAGAUUAGGUACAGUUGUAGAAAAAUGCUCAAGUUGUAAAGUGAGUUGUUUAUAACGAAAUUUGGCCUGUGUGUAUUGCAAAAUUGAUUGUAAAUUAAAGGUAUCAAAUGAGAAAAUAGAUGAAAAAAUGAUUGGGUUAUGUAGGGAAGGUAGAAAAUAUAUAUCAUCUUUAAAAUGCUUAUCAUGCAAUUCAACAUAUAAAUAUGAUUAAUUCUUGGAAAAUAAUUAAUAUGAAUAAGGGAUUUAUAAAUGUAAAAGAUGCAUGAAUUGA